UUCACAAACGGGGAAGUGGGACUUUCCGAGGAGCCCGUGAAUGCAGCAGUUCCACCUGACUCGAUUGUUCAGGUCUGGUUCGAUGAUUCUUUCAGGAAGUAGCCGCUCAGCAACAGAAGCGGUUCUCACCAUGUCGCGGUUGUUUGUCACCCGCCGCUUUUGUCCCUCGUGUCCUCGGCCCCUGUCCUCCCGGUCUCUGUCUCUGUGGACGAGGCUGAAGCAGCAGCAGCAGAGGAAGGGUUUCUCCCAGCAGCACAGACUCCACACGCAGGGGUUCACACAGGGGAAGUCCAGGCUGUGGGUGUGCGGGCUCGGUGUGGGGUUAGCUUUAGCUGUGGGGCUGAAACACCGCUGGUGUGGGGAUGAAGCUGCAGCAGCGGAACGGACCGAUCGAUACAGAGCUGCGGUGUCAGUGAGCAGAGAGCUGCUGCACAGGAUCCAGGCGGAGGUCGGGGCUCCCGGGCUGGUGGUCGGGGUCUCUGUGGACGGUGCUCAGGUCUGGUGUGAGGGGAUCGGUUUUGCUGAUUUGGAGAACCGUGUGCCGUGCAGCCCAGAAACAGUGAUGCGGAUCGCCAGCAUCAGUAAACCCCUCACAUCUGCAGCUGCUGCACGACUGUGUGAGGAAGGGAAACUGGAUCUUGAUGUCCCUGUCCAGAAAUAUGUCCCUGAAUUUCCCCAGAAACAAUUUGAGGGUCAGGAUGUGACGAUAACCCCUCGUAUGAUCCUGUCCCACCUGAGCGGUAUCCGACAUUAUGAGAAGGAUGUGAAAAAGGUGAAAGAGGACAGGGAGAAAGCUAAAAGACUUCUAAAGCCACUGCUUAAAGAGAAAGAGGAUGAAAAGAGCUCAUCUGAAAACAAAGACACUACUGAACAGAGCAGUAAAGAGAAGGACAACACAAAGGCUAAGAAGAAAAAAGAGUUUGAGCAUGAAGAAUACUAUUUGAAGGACAACUUUGAAAGUGUCACUCAGGCCUUGGACCUCUUCAAGGAUGACCCACUCAUUUUCAAACCCGGCUCCACUUUUUACUACUCCACCCACGCCUAUACUCUGCUCAGUGCUGUUGUGGAGUGCGCUGCCGGCCAGCACUUCAUGGACGUCAUGAUGAACAUGUUCCGUGAGCUGGGGAUGCUCAAAACAGUGCCUGAUGAGAAUGGUCCUAUUAUUUAUCACCGCUCCAGAUAUUAUCAUGUCAACAAGAGAGGACGUGUGGUAAACUGCCAGUAUGUGGACAACUCCUACAAGUGGGCAGGAGGCGGCUUCCUUUCCACGGUGGGAGACCUGCAGCUGUUCGGUAAUGCUCUGCUCUACAGCUACCAGGUAGCCCACCUUAAGGACACAGAGGGCUUGUUGCCAGGCUUCCUUAAACCCAAAACUGCCAUAGAUCUGUGGGCACCUGUUGACAGGACAGAGGCCAGCUGGGAUAAGGAUGGGUUGUAUGCCCAGGGCUGGCUGGUUGUGGAGAAACUGCAGAAAUAUGGCCAGUGCAGGAGGCGCAGGCACUACGUGUCGCACACAGGCGGCGCUGUGGGGGCGAGCAGCGUCCUCCUGGUGUUACCCAGAGAGGAGGUGGAGCAGCAUCAAGGACAGAGCUGUCCGCUCCCACAGGGGGUGGUGGUCACCAUCAUCACUAACAUGCAGUCUGUGGGACUCAACAGCACUGCACUGAAAAUUGCACAUGAGUUUGACAAAGCCAGACAAAGCCUGCAAGAGUAAGCUAAAGAGCUUUUCUAGUUUUGAUGAAAAGCUCUUUAUGACUUGAUGAUGACAGUUUGCCAUUCACUCAUUUAAACAGUGCAUCUAUUAGCAGCUCUUUUUUUAAUUCGGGGUUCAGUAUCUUGCCCAAGGACACUUUGGCAUGCAGGUGGCUUCGAACUGCCGACCUCCUGAUUGGAGGAGGAGGAUGUCCACUCUACCCCUUAGCCACAGCCGCCACAAUAAUGAUGAUCUUGUGAUCCGGUGUCAUUUUGAUAGAGCUUAUUUUUAGUACCAUAGUCUUCGAAAAUGAAAUAAAUAUUAACAUGUAUUUAUAUACAUUUCAUACCUUGCAUAAUAAACACCUUUUUAAUUACAACACAAAGCACAGAUGCCAUUUUACCACUAGGUGGAGGCAGUUUCUUACACCAACAGGCCACUGACCUUUGAUACCAGUGACUGGCUUCAUACAGGAAGGAAUUCAUUUCACAAUAAAAACUGCCUGAAAAAUGAAUCUCAAUCCAUCCAUUUCAAUAAAUUAAUUUUUUAGAAAUUUUAGAAAAGCUUUUCAUGUACAAUAAAAACACUAAGGUUGCCAUUUAAAACAGCGUGCUAUGUAACUGAGUUUAUACCCAGAUAUUUCCUCAUAGCAUCUUCACAUACUUUUAGAAAAACGCUAUGGUGUAUUGAUGGAGGGUAGCUCUGGAAAUAGAACAUAGGUUGAUAUUACCAACUUUUGAUAUCGAAUGUAUUUGCCUCUGAUAAAUUGACUCAAGCCACAAGUAAAAUCCUGACUUUUCUUUGAAUUAUAAAAUAAAAUGCCUGAAUGAGGAUCAGUAACUAA